GAACAUUUUUCCCAGUUUUGUGAAAGCAAGAAUUUACAUUUAUAAUUAUUUGUUCAAAUGUAGGACAGUGAUAAGAAUGAUAAAUCGAAAUAAUGACAUUUGUUGCUUAACUAUUAAUUGAUUAGUGCUUCUAGUGUGUUUACAAUGAAUUUCCAAUUUUUCACAAUUUUAUUUCUACUGCAACUUUUUCAAAGCCAAUCUCGAGACUUUUGUGACCAAAACUGUGUCAAAAUCAGCGGUUUGCGAGGCCCCCUUUACUACGAAACUCUAACCCAACUUUACGACGUCACUGAUUUGAAAAUCCUCAACAACCAAAUCACAGAAAUCGAAACUGGUGCUAUUUGUUCACUACCAACUUUACAAAAACUGGAAUUAAAUUUCGCCGGUAAUUUUCAAGCUCCACCAUUGGCCAAAAACGUGUUCACUCAAUGCAAACACCAAUUACGCCACCUAUUUGUAAAACUCGACUUCGAAAAACCUUCAACAAUCGAAAACGACACUUUUGAAGAAAUGCAUUUAAGGACUUUGGCCCUUGACGGGCACAAAAUCGGACAUUUGGAAAAGAAUUUUCUGAAACUGCGACGGGAAAGCUUGACAAGACUAGUCCUCAUGAGGUGCUAUAUCUCAGAGAUUGACAUUAACGCGUUUGAGGGAAUGUCACAUUUGGAGGAACUUGAAAUUAGUUAUAACAAAAAUUUAACUGGAUUACGCAAAAAUGUGUUCCGAGGAGUUUCAAAUUUGAAACGCCUUUUUUUGGAUUAUAAUAGGAUUAGAGAUUUGAGUUGGAACGAGUUUGAGGGAUUGUUUAAACUAGAAGUUUUAAAUUUGACCGGAAACAGGAUUUUUAAUUUUGAUGCAGAUAAAGUGAUUGCGAUUUUGCCAAACUUGAAAUAUUUAGAAAUCAAAAAAAAUUUGUGGCCGUGUAAAUUGAAGGAAAUUUUUGCAAAUCAAUUAAUUGAAAAAAUGCACGAUUCAGUUACUGUUGUGUAUGCGGAUGAUAAUAUUUGUGACCUUUAAUAAAGUUUAGAUAAGAA